GUUGCUAACCAAGUUGACAGUUCUCCUGAGGCUGCCCCUGAGGAACAAAAGGUCAAGAGUGGCUCCAGAAAGGAGAAAUCUGUCCUACAGUCCAAACUGACCAGACUGGCCAUCCAGAUAGGAUAUGCAGGUACCGCCAUAGCUGUGCUUACAGUGAUCAUACUCAUAUCACAGUUUUGUAUCCGUGAGUUCGUCAUCCGCGGAAAGACCUGGACCUCCGACGACACCACAAAGAAUAUUGAAAUCUUCGUCAAGUACUUCAUUAUCGGAGUCACUGUGCUUGUGGUGGCCGUGCCUGAGGGUUUGCCUCUAGCUGUAACCUUGGCCUUGGCCUACUCUGUCAAGAAAAUGAUGCAUGACAAUAACCUGGUACGACAUUUGGAUGCUUGUGAAACUAUGGGCAAUGCUACAGCAAUCUGCUCAGACAAAACGGGAACCCUGACUACCAACAGGAUGACUGUAGUUCAGAGUUACAUUGGACAACAUCACCACAAACAUAUCCCAGAGUUUAGCAACAUCAACGAAAAGCUAGGACAGCUGAUUCUGGAGUCCGUCGCUAUCAACAGUGGCUACACCUCUAAAAUUGAGAUGCCAGAACAGGAAGGAGGACUUCCCAAACAACUUGGAAACAAGACUGAAUGUGCUCUUCUGGGUUUUGUUGUGGCUAUGAAACAGUCAUAUGAUAGAAUCCGAGAGAGGUACCCCGAGGAGAAACUGGUGAAAGUCUACACCUUUAACUCUGACCGCAAGUCCAUGGGAACGGUCAUCAAAGUGGACAAUAGGGAGAAUUGCUACAGGUUUUUCUGCAAAGGAGCAUCAGAGGUUGUUGUCAAGAAAUGCAGCUUCAUUCUGGAUGAAAGUGGAACAGCAAGGCCUUUCACCAGCAGGGAGCAGGAGAGAGUGGUCAGUGAAAUCAUUGAACCAAUGGCCUGUGAUGGACUCAGGACUAUUUGUCUGGCAUACAAAGACUUUGUGGCUGGUGCCAAGGCAGAAAAUGAAGGCUCUCUUGAAGGCAUUGAUUGGGAUGAUGAGCCUAAAAUCAUGACAGGACUUACCUGUGUCUGUAUCGUGGGAAUAGAAGAUCCGGUCAGAGAUGAGGUGCCAGACGCUAUCAAAAAGUGCCAGAGAGCUGGAAUCACCGUACGUAUGGUGACAGGAGACAAUGUAAACACCGCUCGCAGUAUUGCUUCCAAGUGUGGCAUCCUGAGACCAGGGGAGGAUGGUCUGGUCCUGGAGGGCAAGGAGUUCAACAGAAGGGUUCGAGACCAAGCAGGAGAGGUCAGCCAAGAGCUGAUGGACAAGAUCUGGCCCAUCCUGAGAGUACUGGCCAGAUCUUCACCUCAGGACAAGUACAUUUUGGUGAAAGGCAUCAUUGACAGUAAGCUGGGCAAGACUAGGCAGGUGGUGGCUGUCACUGGUGAUGGUACCAAUGAUGGUCCAGCUCUCAAGAAAGCUGAUGUUGGAUUUGCAAUGGGAAUCUCUGGAACUGAUGUUGCCAAAGAGGCCUCGGACAUCAUCCUGACAGACGACAACUUCACCAGCAUUGUCAAGGCAGUGAUGUGGGGCAGGAAUGUCUACGACAGCAUUGCCAAGUUCUUACAGUUUCAGCUGACUGUCAACGUGGUGGCUGUUCUGGUUGCUUUCUUGGGUGCUUGCAUCAUCAACGACAGUCCUCUUAAGGCUAUCCAAAUGUUGUGGGUCAACCUGAUCAUGGACACCUUGGCUUCCUUGGCCCUGGCCACAGAACUGCCCACUGAUGAACUGCUGCGCCGCAAGCCCUAUGGCCGCACCAAGCCCCUCAUAUCUCGGACAAUGGCCAAGAACAUCCUCUGCCACGCUAUUUACCAGCUGACAGUGAUUGCUGUCUUAUUAUUUUGUGGUCCAGAUCUGUUAAAUAUUGAUGACGGUAGAGCGGAUAUUGAAGAUGUCCAUGCACCUCCCUCUGCACACUUUACUAUGAUCUUCAACACCUUCGUCUUCAUGACUUUAUUUAACGAGAUCAACGCCCGCAAAAUCCACAACCAGCACAACAUUGCUGAGGGCAUCUUCCAGAAUCCCAUUUUUAUCGGAAUCUGGAUUGGAACCAUCAUUGCACAGGUUAUCAUUAUUCAGUUUGGAGGAGUAGCUUUCCAUACAUCAGGCCUGACAGCCGCCCAGUGGCUGUGGUGUGUGUUCCUGGGCUUUGGCACAUUGUUAUGGGGACAGGUGGCGACAGUAAUUCCGGAUAGUGCUGUGCCAUCACUGAGCUGGUGCAAGAGAGGAGCUAAGGAGGAGGAGAUCGACGAGCAUGAACUGGCAGAGAUGGAGGAGGAUCCAGUCAGUGGCAGAGGUCAGAUCCUGUGGGUGCGUGGCCUCACACGCUUGCAGCAGCAGAUACGUGUAAUAAAUGCUUUUCGCAUGAGUUUAGAUCGCUACGAUAAUCGUAGCCUCUCAUCAUUGCAAAGCCACCAGUCUGUACAAAACAUACGAGCUGGUAGACGGCCCAUGUUCCAGUCCUCCACAGACAUGGCUGAUCCUCCGCCAGUGGGGCUCAUCUCUUCAGCUACUGCACCUGGCCGCUUCUCCGAAACUACCGCCAUCUGA